AAGAACUAAUUAUGCUCAGAUUCAUAAAGGACCAUUAUCCGGUGGUAGGUUUUAUAUAGUUAGAAACUGAUGACAUUUUGGACUGGGAGCUGAUGGUGUUUGAGUUACCUGAGGAGAGAAUUAAUGUGUAUAUACAAGAUUGAAACAUGGGUUACUGCAUUUCACUGUGUGGCAUAUUGGAUUGAAUUGGCAAAUAAAUGCAGUUUCAAGAAUCCCUAUUUGGAUAAUGUGCUAGCUGCUCUAAAGGAUGUUUAUCUGUUUUACAAAACAUCCUGAGAUUGACCAGACAAUGGCUCAUCCAAUCAAGGCUUACCCAGCUCAGGCCCCUAUACGGAAAUUCAAAGUUUCCUGGAAAGUAGACAGACCAUGGCUCCAGUAUGACCCGCCUAUGAAUGUUAUGAAAUGCACCUAUUGCAUAAAAUUUGAGGCUCAAAUCAAGAAAUUGCUCAAGACAAAAAGAUUUAUUAAAGGGUGCAAAACAAUGAAAUUAGAAUCUCUUCAAUGCCAUGAGAAGAGCAAAGCUCAUAAAAGUGCAGAACAGAUGCAGAUUAAAUUAUUGUCAGAAAUCCAGUGAUUGUGAUAGUAUUUUGAAAUAUUUGAAUCCUUGUUUCUAUUCAGAACAUCCUGAGAUUGACCAGACAAAGGCUCAACCACCCAAGGGUUCCGCAGGGAAGAAUCGGACAUUCCAAAAUUACU